GUUGUAACAGGGGGAGCUAACGUUAGCUAGCUGGCUGCCAGUGACGGCCAGUGACGGCAGGCUAGUGGGAGCUAACGUGAACGAUGUGUUGGAGCUUUUCUCCACUUUCACACCCGACCCGAAACUCGUCGGUGCGAGCAGAUUAACGAGCGAAUAACGAGCGAUCCGGCCAACUCGCCCCCGUUAGAUCGCACGUGUGGCUGUCAAACGGGCCGCCGGGGGCAACUUUUAGCUGCUUUUCCUCCUCCUCUGGGUCCUGACGGUGUCGAGGAUGUGACCUUCCUUGAGUUCCUUAAGCAUGAACGCCAUCCAUCGGCGAGCCUCUACUUGAUGGUGGCCUAGCAGCUUUGGCUAGUUAGCCCGCUGCCUUAUCCGACUGCGGGCUGACUGUUGCCCAGAAGAAAGCUGCUGGAGAGAGCCAGACAGGCUGGUUUGGGUGGAUUCAAGAAAACAAGCGUAACCAAACCUACUGUCAAGGAGAUGUGGGAUGGAGAAGAAGGUCUGAAGGAGGAGGACGAGAGGCCAUCCACCUUAGGGCCCUCACAGGAACCCCAGGAAACCCACCCCAUGAGAAACACUGACUGUAGGGACGUGGAGGACAUGUCAACAGUGAUGACUCGCAGGGGAAAUGGGGAGGAAGAAGAGGAGGAUGCUGAUGAUUUGGAGGAACAAACCGCUCAGUGUUCACCUGCGGCAGAUUCCAUACAAAAUAAACAACCGGGCUCUUUGCUGACCCGCGGGGAAGAAAGCCAUAAGGAUCCACAGGGAACGGUUGAGUCUUCCUCGCUUGCAGGGCAAGAACCACAGGUUGAUCCUGAUCCUGAUCUUGACCCCGACCCCGAUGAUGAUCUUGAGGGCGACCCCCAUGGAGAGUCACAUCCCUGUCAGCACUGUGAGCGCCACUUCUCCACCAGACAGGGUCUGGAACGUCACAUACACAUUCACGCCAUCACUAACCAGCAAACGCAACUGUUCAAGUGCCGGUACUGCAGUAAAUCCUUUGGCUCACAGGUGGGCCGGCGGCGGCAUGAGAGACGGCACGAGAGUGGGCUUAAAAAAAGGCCUGGCUCUCUGGCAGGCACUGCCAGUCUACUCAGUCCUGUGAUGCAGACUGGUGGGUCAAGUCCCGACUGCACCAGCCCGACCAGUCACUAUAUAGCCAUAGGGUCCCAGGUUACUGGAGGACCUCUGCACAACUCUGAGAUGCAGAAAAAGGAGUUGGAGCCUUAUGCUGACCGCCCUUUUAUAUUGGAUGAAAAUGGGGAGUCAAAGGAACUCCAUCCCUGCAAAUACUGUAAUAAAGCGUUUGGCACACACACAAACAUGCGUCGACAUCAACGGAGAAUACAUGAACGGCACUUAUUACCAAAGGGUGUUCGCAGGAAAGGCAUGAUGCUGCAAGCGGCGUCAGUGCAGAAGCAGCAGCAGCCUGAUGAGUCACCGAGCAUCAGCCCUCCGCCCGUCUACGUGCCCAGUGCCGACACAGAAGACGAGGCAGACGGGGACGAUUACGCAAUCGACAUUUCUAAAAACAUCUCUGAGAAUUUGAGCUUCUACAUUGACGGCAAGAUUGUGUCCACUAGUUCAGUGAGCAGCUGUGAGGUGAUCGAGGUGGACUCCAGAUCUGCGGCUCUGUUCGGUCUGGACACGGUCAUCAUCAGUCCACAUCAGAUCAGUCAGGCGCUGAAGGUCGAGGGUCGAACCAGCGUUGUGAAGCAAUUCUCCAACAUUGGCCAGCCGGCAACAAAAAGAAGAACAUCCACACCCCCAUUUGUUCCCAGCCUUAAAGUCGAGAUGGAGUCGGCAUCUCUCGCAGCCUCUUCAUUGUCUUCAUCCUCUUCUACAUCUUCCUCAUCUAACCUGUUAGUGGGUGGACUGUUUCAACAAGCUGCCGAUUCAUCCGCAUUUCAACGGGAGAAAAGCGUUUAUCUCUCACCGAAACUCAAACAGCUCCUUCAGACACAAGACAUUCAGAAAUCAACCCUCACCCUGAUAACAGAAAGCCAUAGACUGGCCUCACCGCUGUCGGUCACCCAGCUGCCAGGGGCUUCCGGCCGAUUUAAAAGAAGAACAUCCUCUCCCCCGUCAUCUCCACAACUCAGCCCGGCGUGUAAAACGGAGAGCUGUAAACCCGAGGUGGUGAGCUCAUUCGCCUUAAAGGUGCCAAAGCUCGAGAGCUUCAGUGCAUCACCUCCUGGGAGCUUACUGGACAAGGAAGAUGGAGACGGCCUCAACCUUUCUGAUGAUAAUAUGCACGGCCAAACCUCGUCUAACAGCGGUGGAAACUCCUGCAAUCAGCAGCCCUUGGAUCUGUCGAACUCCGUCACCAGGAGGAGGGACAGCUCCAACAAGGUGCUCGGGGAUUCGGCUCUUGAUUUAAGUUUCCAACGGAAGAGCAACGUCGAGCCUGAACUGAAGGGAGGUCCGGCGCCACAGCCACUGAUAAAAAAGAGAAAGCCGAACACUAGCAUGCUUGAAAAGGUGCUGAUGAAUGAUUAUUUAGGUCUGCCGUUGCCAGGAGAUGAGGGCCCCAUGGCCGGAGCAAAUUUGAGUUGUUUCCACUCGCGCUCACCGAGCAUCGCGACAGAAUCUGCCCACCCCUCUCCACCCUCUUUGACCCCCGUCACCAUGAACCCCUCUUCCCCCGGCAACUCCAGCGGGACCUCCCCGACACCACCACCCCCUCUACUCCCCACCAUACCAUCUUCGCCGGCUCUGCCGAGCUCUCCUCUUUCUCAGCCUUCAGACUCCUGUGUCCAGAGGUCUCUUCCUGUCCUCUCGCCAAAAAUGUCUCCAAGAUCAGUUGAACACCAUCCCCCGUCGGGCUCCGAGGACAAUUUGUUUGCCGAGGAAGACAAAGAGGAGGAAGGGAACCAUAGCUCUGAGCCACGGGACUUCCCCAACACUCCACUUAAAGAUCCCGUUCAUCGCUCGGCGUCGUUAAGCCCUCCUGAGCCGACAUCGAUGGAUCUGGCCGCCGUGGAAGGAGAUAUAUCCCUGACUGCAUCUUCCGCCGCAGUGGCAAAUGGUCAAAUGAACCAAAACCGUGACUCGUUAACAGAAGAAUCUCUUGCUGCCCUCUCACCCCAGCCAGAAUCUUCAUCUUCCUCAUCAUCAUCUCCUCCUCCUGCAUCGCAGGAUCCAUCCCCAACACUGGUUUUACAAUCCGUCCCUCAGAUUAAGAUAAAAGAAGAGCCCGAGUCCUGCAUAGAUGAGCUGCCGGUUCUGAAUCGUGCCCCUCCGGGCGCGGUUGCCUCUUCGCCGCAGCCGGCCGCUCCCGAUAAACCGUCUGAUAAAACCUCUGUGGCGGAGGAAGGCGACUCGACGUACAGCAAGACCUUUGUGUGCAACGUGUGCGAGGAGCCGUUCGACUCCAUCAAAGAGCUCAGCGGACACAUCACCGAGCACGCUGCCGAUCGGCCCUUCAAGUGUGAAUUCUGCGUGCAGCUGUUUGGCGACGCUCCGGCCCUCCUGGCUCACCGGACAGCACUACACGGCGUGGGCAAGAUCUUUGUGUGCUCCGUCUGUUCCAAGGAGUUUGCAUUUCUCUGUAACCUCCAGCAGCACCAAAAGGAUUUGCAUCCAAAUGAGACGUGUUCGCACGCCACUGUGGAAAGUGGCAAGCUUAGGCCACAAAACUACACGGAUCCAUCCAGAGCCAAAGAGGAAAGCAGUCCUUCAACACCAGCACCGGAGACGGCUGAUGGAUCUGCUCCGCACAGUGACGCCGAAAAAGAAGAGCCCGAUGUUAACGGGAAUCAUACGGAGGACCCCAACGAGGAGCUGUACACUACAAUAAAGAUCAUGGCCUCAGAAGGAGGGAAGCCUAAAGGCCCGGAUGUUCGCCUUGGCAUUAACCAACACUACCCCAGUUAUAAGCCACCCCCGUUUCCUUAUCAUAGCCGUUCCCACGCCGGAUCGGUGGCUUCAGCUACGAACUUCACCACCCACAACAUCCCACAAACUUUUAGCACUGCCAUACGCUGCACAAAAUGUGGCAACAGCUUCGACAACAUGCCUGAGUUGCACAAGCACAUUUUGGCCUGUGCCAGUGCCAGUGAUAAGAAGCGCUACACUCCCAAGAAAAACCCCAUCCCCCUCAAGCAAAUAGUGAAGAGUCCGAACGGAGUCGUGUCAACCUCGGCAGCCAUUGCAGGCCAGAGCCCGUUUCGUAGGAUGGGUCAGCCAAAGAGACUCAACUUUAAUCAAGAUACAAACGGGAAAACUAAAAUGAGUGCGCUCAGUAAGAAGAAAAACCAGCUCGUCCAGAAGGCGAUCACACAGAAAAAUAAAGCUGCCACUUCUGCAAAGAAGGCUACUGUGAAAGUUGAAGAAGAGCUGGCCUCUAACGUUUGCCCCCACUGCAGUCGGGAGUUUACUUAUCCCGCAAGUCUCAGUAAACACAUGGCAGUCAGCUGUCCCAUGAAGCCUGUUGUUAAAAAGGGCAAAAAAAGUCUCGCAGAGGUGAAAAAAGAGGCGUUGUCAGCGGUAGAUAAACACAUCAAGCUUAGAAAGAAAGCCUCAGACUUUGAAAUACCGCAGACGGAGCGGGAGCCUAAACCCCUCGGAAAGACCAGAGCUCGCAGCUCCGGAGCAGCCGACCCCGAACCCGCCCCGGCACACAAAGGGAAACCCGCCGCUCCGCUGGGCCGACUAAAGAGGCCCGCCUCGUUCCCAGCACCGGUUUCUGCAAGCAAGAAAGCGAAGAAGGGCCACGUUCAGUCUCUACCUCCAUCCCCGUCGGACCCCGACGCUCCCAGUGUGACCGCACACCAACGGCCAGCCGUGAGAAUGCAGCGUGUGGGCAAAGAGGCAGCGCCCAAGAGAUCAGCCGAGGCCAAAUCACCGCCGCCGGCGCAACAGCUGAAGAGAGAGGAGCGCUUCUCACUUCGAAUGAGGGAGAGAGUCGGUGGUCCAGUCACCAGGAGCUUACAAAUGGUCAACGCCGCUCCUUCUGUUGAAGUGAAAACGGAGGAGCCACCAACUCAAGAGCCAAAAGAGACUCAGGAAGUGCUGAUGAAGUGAGCCAUGUGGACACUGUUGAGUUCAUCGGGGUACCCGGUUCUCACCUCUCAGGCGACGCUCUGGACUAAUCAAGGCACUGACGGCACUGAGGUCAACCUUUUGUGGUGGGAUUAUUCACAUAAAACACGUGAAGUCUCUCAACUGCCUUUGCUGGAUUUAAGGAGGGAACUCUCUUUAUCUUCCAUCUAUCUUAUGAACUGAACUGAGCCUUGAUUUUAGCCAGCCUUGCAAAAAAAAUUAAAAAGAAACUGUAAAUGACAAUGAGUUAAUAUAUACAAUACGAGUCAUUACUUGACCCAAAACAGUAACAUUAGGGCUCCGUGAUGUUGGAAAGCUGAUAUAUUGCAAAUGGCAAUCAUGUAUCAGCGAGGGUUAGGAAAAUAAUUUAUUCUUUUGUUCCAUAUUUUCCCCCUUUGGUUGUUUUAGUUUUUUGGAUGUUUCCAGAGUCUCUUAAUGCAUGUGCAGAAUAGAGCAUAAACUAGACUACGCCAAUUUCCAAAUUUCUCCCAAAGGGCACCUACUUCAGUUUAUACAUGAUUUGCAAAGUAUGUAUGUUUGAUUUCAAUUUCUGUAGUCAUUAUAUUGUAGAAUAUAUCUUGCUGGUAUAUUUUUGUUUGGGAAACAAAAAUGAAAAUGGCAGUCGUUUGCUGCAAUAAUUGGUCCUCAGGAACACUGUAUAUCUGUGUGGUAAGUAUGUGUCUGGUUAUAGUUGGAUGUGUGACCUGACAGCUAUUCCUUUGGAUAAUUCUCAAGUAUGUCAUGUUUUUGCUUGGUUUCUCAUAUUCUUGUUUAUCUGACGUUGGCAGUUAAUUCGAGGUGUAAAUUGAUAGAAAUUAUUUUGUAUUCUCCUAAAAAUGACGUCCGUCUUGAAAAUUAUUUUUAAUAACACUCAUUCAGCCCAGUGUUUCUUGCAGCACUUUAAAACAAUCUGUCUAGCUGGAUCGGUAAGAUUGGCUCAAUUGAACGGUGAAUAAUGGAAUGUAUUCAGACACUUUGCAGACACUGGUAUCUUGCACCAAAUUGGUGCAAAGCAAUCAUCUUAUCUCAAAUGCUACUUUUACUUCUUUAAAUUGGUUGUUUCCGUUAAGCAAUUUGACACAUGAACCAACUUUUAUAUGCCAAAAUGCAUGAUUGAUGACUCAAUUCCUCAAAUAUGGUGAAUGCAGCAGCUUUUUGUUUUUGUCUGCGUAAGUGGAUGCGUGCAAAGAUGUUUCAUGUGUCGAUCUUUUUUCAGGAGCCAUACCAUAAUAACCUAAAUGCACAACUUUUCAACUGAGGACAAAGUCAUCUUUGUUUGUGUGCGUUAUAUCUGGCAGGUUUGUACCGAUGGAAAGCUUCUUAUUUUCAGUUAAUAUUUUCCAGUGCUCAUCCCACUGACUCACCAUAUCCAGUUGUACCACAGGCAGUGCUUGAACGCGUGUAGCAUGUUAUGGGAAAGUAAAUUGAACAAUAUGAUUUGAAACUAACUUAAUUUCCACAUGGAAUCUUCAUGUUUGCCUUUCAGCAUCAAGAUUAUGUAUUUAAGGAUGAACAAAGACAAAAAUUCCAAAUGACCUCAAGUAAAACAUUGCUGUAAUUGACAUAAUAAUACAAAUAAAAAGUUUUUCAAAUUGUG